UUGAUCAGAGACUGUCCAUCAUGAAACCGAACGCCAAUGGAUACAACGUUAACAAACAACCAUCUCUUGAAGAGGGCUCGAUGAGACAUCAGACAACAGAUGAAGAUUAUAAUUCCACUGGUGAGCGAAAGAGCAAUCGCUGCAAUCGGUGUUUACAAUUGAUGAAAGUAAUUCUGUAUAUUGAAUUGGUACUUUUCGUCGGUUGGAUUGGAUGUGUUUUCAUCUCGAAUUAUUAUCAGGACCACAAUAACAAUGGUCUGAAUAAGUCAUACGGCACAUCAAAAUGGUCCAGAAAUGGUCAAGAACUAGAUAUUCCAGAUUCGGUGAUAGAUCCGAUUGUCGUAUCACCGGAUAAUGUCAAAUGGUCACCGGAACAAGAUGUUACGAAAACCAUAACUGUGAAAAGUCUAACAAAGUCACAAGUAUCGAAUAAAAACAUAAUUCCAAUCGUUCAGUCGGAAACAACGACAGCUAUGAAUGUUAUCGCGACUGAUAAUACAGACACAGAAUCAAUGUCAUUAUUGCAUUGGCUAGACUCAUUAGCAAUUCCGAAAAAUUCUUGGGACGAGAGUUCUUCGAAGUCAACCAGUUCCGAGAGCAAAUUCGAUUGGGACUCAUCUUCAAAUGAAAAAUCAGCAUUUGAUGCGAAUUCUGAUAGGGCCUCGUCGGAUGAAAAUCAUUUUGAAACUAUAAAUAAAGGGGAUAAGAUCGAUGUUAAUUUUCUUUUAACGCUGCCACUUUGGCACAACAUCGUUUUCACUUCUGAUUAUCUAGACGAAAUCGUUCGUUCGGAUGAAGAGUUAGUGCAAGAUGAUGGUAUUACAAACGGAACAUUCAUUCUCGUAAGUCCAAACUCAAUGGAACAUCGUCAGUCACGAAAAGUAAGAUCGACGAAUGGACAGGACGAAGAUAGUUCCUCCAGUUCUUCGAGCGAAGAGGACGCUACGAAACACAAUAAACCACAUCAUUCGAAUCCAGAUGACAGCGACGAAGAAGACUGCCCCACGAUUCUGGAUAAAGAUGGUAACGAAAUUGUGGAACCGGAAGAUUUAGUAAGUUACAUAGGCAAGAAUUGGUUUCGGUGGCUCGCCGAGGUCGAUAUUCCCGAGUGUAAGGAGCCAAAGGUUGCCAAAACUGUGACGGUCGAUAGAUGCGGAAAAUUCGUUGUCAACUGUGAAAUUGAAGAGGAGACACAUACGCAUGAUAGGCAUCAACGUGACAUUGAAAACGCAGAGAAAAAUAAUGAGAAGGCGGACCAUUGUAAGGAAUUAGUCUUGGGACACCAGAAAGAUUUUGAAACAUGGAGAGCGAAACUCGUUACAGGAGAUUCUUCUGAUUUAAGAGUACAGAAUAUAUAUCAACAUAUUGCAGAGAAUCUUUUUGCAUUGACUGUGCAUGAGAUUGUGGAGCGAACGAAUGACAAAAAACAAAAGACAGACUCAGAGUGGUAUACUGUGAUGGUAGCAAUAAGAAACAAGAUCUCUGACUCAAUCGAUACUAAAGAUCAGAACUUACUCACUGAUAGUAAUCAGUUGACUAUGGAAAUGGCGAGAAAUCUUGGCAAAAUAAUUACAAGGGCAGUGGACAUUUAUGAGGAUUGUCAUAACGUAUUAUUCUCAGCUCCACAAGUUCACCUCUUAACGAUGCUGAUAGAGCGUGAAAGGUGCCUUCGAAAUACUCAGAAAAUUAUAACAAUGAAAGACAGAUUGGCAGCUGAGAUUGUGCCUGGUGAAUCUACAAAUUUGGAUGUUAUAAUGUUGCGGCAGAUAUUUAAGGCACGCCUCAUGCUUUUAAUCAUACGUAUAGCAGAAGAUGAGAAUCAAGGGGAUGCAUUGGUUAAUACUGGUCCUGUCAAUGUGACCGAUGAGCAGUGGGCGACCUUCAUGCUUGGAUUGAAGCAAGAAAUAGCCGAAUUCCCUGACGAUCUAAAUCUUCAAAAACAGUUAAAGGAUUCUGUGUACCCUACACGGAAACAGACGGACUGGUUACGGGAGAUUACAGUAUAUUAUCUACGUCAACAUGUACAAUGUAGCAUGUUAACACUAUUCGGAGUUAUCGGACAAUACAACAGCAUGGCGAAUCACAAUAAACGAGCAGCCCGAUCUGCCGACUCUAAAUGGGAUACCGCGUAUCCUGGAACUUUAAAAAUUUAUUCAAGGGAGAAGAACUCACGCAGAAGAAGGGCAGUCUGGACCGAAAAACCGAAACCGACCAUCGUGACAUGCACAUUGGAAGACGAUGAUAUUCAAUUUGACGAAGAGCGACAAGAAAGAUUGGAACGUUAUAAUCGGUUAGUCGCUUCGAACACUGUGGACGUACGGGAACCAAUCAUCAAUGCAAUUGAAAGGAAAUUGAACGGUACAAAUCCCACCGAAAACUCAGAAGGAACGCCAACACCCCCGUAUAUGCGGUACAUGGAUGCGCUUGCUAUUUUCAUGGGGAAUACUUCGUCGAGCUUGCAUGAUCAGGGCUACGAACUUCUGCGAGAUGUUGUUUUGGAAUUGAAAUACUUGGCUGAUAAUGAAACGGCGUUCGAAGGUUAUGAUAUGGACACGUUGAUGAGAAACUGGACUGGUUGCCUGUGGCAUAUUCCAGAUAAUUAUACAGCAGAGACUAUUUUGAUGGCUACAAUAAAAGCUGGUGAAGCUUUGAAUCUUCACUAUUCGGCGGUAGAGGAAGGAAAGAACUGUGGUGAUGAGUUCACGCCCGUUUAUGGAACGUUCACUUACGUUGGUGAACAACCCGAAAAAUCUUUUAUACGACGCUGGAGACACAUUUUCAGAGAAGUCAUCAGAUUGUACUUCAGGAUCAACAAUCCUGAAGUUCUUCCAAAGUUGCCGUGUACAAGCAGUAGAGGAAAAUCUGAAACGACCAAAAGGGACGUAGAAAAGGAAAUGAACCGUUUGAGAAAACGUUCAAUCAAACAUCCGAUGCGACGGUCCGUUCCUGAGGUUACAUGUUCCUUCGAAGAAGAUGAAACUGAAUUUGGUCAAGAGCGACAAGAAAGAUUAGACCGUUAUCACCAGUUUGUUGCUUCGAAUACCGUCGAUGUUCGGGAACCUUUCGUGAACGCCAUAGAAGAGAGAUUGAAUGGCACGAGCCCCACUGAAAAUCCGGACAAACCACCUUCGUAUAUGCCAUACCUGAAUGCAGCUCAUAUCUUUAUGGGCAACACAUCACUGGGCUUACGUGAAGAGAGUUACAAAUUGCUGCGAGAUAUUGUUUUAGAAUUGAAAUAUUUGGCCGACAAUGAAAUGGCACUCGAAGGUUACAAUACGGACACAUUAAUGACAAAUUGGACUGGUUGCCUGUUGCAUAUUCCAGACAAUUAUACGGCUGAAACUAUUUUCAUGGCUACCAUAAAAGCGAGUGAAGCUUUAAAUCUCCACUAUUCGGCUGCCGAGGAAGGGAAGAAUUGUGGCGACGAAAUCACGCCUGUGUACGGAACGUUUGCGUAUGUUGGUGAACAGCCGGAAAAAUCUGUCGUCCGGCGUUGGAGGCACAUUUUUGAACAAAUCGUUCGGUUGUACUUCAAAAUUCACAACCCCGAUGCUUUACCCAAAACAAACUGUGCGAGCAAUGGAGAAAAAUCUCAAACUAAAAAAAGGGAUGUAGAAACGGAAACGAACCGUUUGAGAAAACGUUCAGUCGAACAUCUGAUGCGAAGAUCCGUUCCUGGGACGACAUGUAUCUCCGAAGAGGAUGCAACUCAAUUUGUUCAAGAGCGACAAGAAAGAUUAGACCGUUAUAAUGAGUUUGUUGCUUCCAAUACCGUGGAUGUACGGGAACCCAUUAUCAACGCUAUUGAAGAGAGGUUGAAUGGUACAAAUCCCACUGAGAAACUGGACAAACCACCUCAGUAUAUGCGUGCCAUAAAUGCAGCUGAUAUCUUCAUGGGUAGUACAUCACCGGACUUACGCAAAGAGAAUUACAAACUUCUGCGAGACAUUAUUUUAGAAAUCAAAUAUUUGGCUGACAAUGAAACGGCGCUCGAAGGUUACGAUAUGGACACAUUGAUGACAAACUGGGGAAACACUUGCCGGGCUCAUAUUCCAGAAAACUAUACAGCUGAAACAAUUUUAAUGGCUGCCAUCAAAGCAGGUGAAGUCUUGAAUAUUCACUAUUCGACUGCCGAAGAAGGGAAGAAUUGUGGCGACGAAUUCACGCCUGUGUACGGGACGUUUGCGUAUGUUGGUGAGCAGCCGGAAAAGUCGAUUGUACGACGAUGGAGGCACAUUCUCGAGCAAUUUGUUAGUUUAUACUUCAAAAUCCACAAUCCUGAAGCUCUUUCCAAAUUACAUUGCGCUGGCAAUGAAGAGAAAUCUCAGAUGAACAAGAGGGAGGUAGAAACAGAUAUGACCCGUUUAAGAAAACGUUCAAUCGGACAUCUGAUACGACGGUCCGUUCCCGAAGUUACAUGUUCCUUCGAAGACGAUGAAACUCAAUUUGGUCAAGAGCGACAAGAAAGAUUAGACCGUUAUCACCAGUUUGUUGCUUCCGGUAAUAUGGACGUACGGGAACCUUUUCUGAAUAAUAUAGAACAGAGAUUGAAUGGCACGAGCCCCACUGAAAAUCCAGACAAACCACCUUCGUAUAUGCCAUACCUGAAUACAGCACAUAUCUUUAUGGGCAACACAUCACUGGGAUUACGCGAAGAAAGUUACAAACUGCUGCGAGAUAUUGUUUUAGAAUUGAAAUACUUAGAUGACAAUGAACAAGCUUCCGAAGGAUACAACGUGACUGUGGUGAUGAAUGAUUGGAUAAUAGGGUGCCUAACCGAAAUUCCAGAUAAUUACACGGCUGAAACUGUCUUAAUGGCAAUCAUGAAAGUUAGCGUAUCUAUGGAUCUUCGUUAUUCGGCAAUGGAGGAAGGCAAAAAUUGUGGCGACCAAUUCACUCCAGUUUACGGGACCUUCGCGUAUGUUGGUGAACAGCCUGAAAAAUCUUUCGUCCGGCGUUGGAGGCACAUUUUUGGACAAAUUGUUCAUUUGUACUUUAAAAUUCACAACCCCGAUGCUCUACCUGAAACAAACUGUGCGGGUAACGGAGAAAAAUCUCAAACCACAAAAAGGAACGUACAAACGGAAACGGACCGCUUGAGAAAACGUUUGAUCAAACGUCCGAUGCGACGGUCCGUGCCUGAGGUUACAUGUACCUCGCAAGAAGAUGAAACUCAAUUUGGUCAAGAGCGACAGGAAAGAUUAGACCGUUAUCACCAGUUUGUUGCUUCCGGUAAUGUGGACGUACGGGAACCUUUUCUGAAUAAUAUAGAACAGAGAUUGAAUGGCACGAGCCCCACUGAAAAUCCGGACAAACCACCUUCGUAUAUGCCAUACCUGAAUACAGCACAUAUCUUUAUGGGCAACACAUCACUGGGAUUACGCGAAGAAAGUUACAAACUGCUGCGAGAUAUUGUUUUAGAAUUGAAAUACUUAGAUGACAAUGAACAAGCUUCCGAAGGAUACAACGUGACUGUGGUGAUGAAUGAUUGGAUAAUAGGGUGCCUAACCGAAAUUCCAGAUAAUUACACGGCUGAAACUAUCUUAAUGGCAAUCAUGAAAGUUAGCGUAUUAAUAGAUCUUCGUUAUUCGGCAAUGGAGGAAGGCAAAAAUUGUGGCGACCAAUUCACUCCAGUUUACGGGACCUUCGCGUAUGUUGGUGAACAGCCUGAAAAAUCUUUCGUCCGGCGUUGGAGGCACAUUUUUGGACAAAUUGCUCAUUUGUACUUUAAAAUUCACAACCCCGAUGCUCUACCUGAAACAAACUGUGCGGGUAACGGAGAAAAAUCUCAAACCACAAAAAGGAACGUACAAACGGAAACGAACCGCUUGAGAAAACGUUCAGUCGAACAUCUGAUGCGACGAUCCGUGCCUGAGGUUAUAUGUACCUCGCAAGAAGAUGAAACUGAAUUUGGUCAAGAGCGACAGGAAAGAUUAGACCGUUAUAAUGAGUUCGUUGCUUCGAAUACCGUCGACGUUCGGGAACCUUUCGUGAACGACAUAGAAGAGAGAUUGAAUGGCACGAGCCCCACUGAAAACCCGGACAAACCACCUUCGUAUAUGCGAUACCUGAAUGUAGCUCAUAUCUUUAUGGGCAACACAUCACUGGGCUUGCGUGAAGAGAGUUACAAACUGCUGCGAGAUAUUGUUUUAGAAUUGAAGUACUUGGAGCGUAAUGAUGAACAAGCUGAUGAAGGAUACAACCUGACUGUGGUGAUGAAUGAUUGGAUGAUGGGUUGCCUAUCCGAAGUUCCAGAUAACUACACGGCUGAAACUGUCUUAAUGGCAAUCAUGAAAGUUAGCGUAUCUAUAGAUCUUCGUUAUUCGGCAAUGGAGGAAGGCAAAAAUUGUGGCGACCAAUUCACGCCGGUUUACGGGACCUUCGCGUAUAUUGGUGAACAGCCGGAAAAAUCUAUCGUCCGUCGUUGGAGGCACAUUUUUGGACAAAUCUUCAAUCUGUACUUCAAAAUUUAUAAUCCCGAAGCUCUUCCUAAAUUGCCGUGCGCGAACAAUAUAGAAAAUUCGCAGACCAAAAAAACCCACUCAGAAUCGGUGAUAAGUCGUUUGGGAAAACGCUCGAUCGGUUAUCUCUUUCGGAAGACUGACAAUACAGUCAUCAUCGAUGAAAAACAUUCUGGAAACGACGAAAAUGCACGAUUCAUAAAAGCAAAUCCGGACGUUGCAGAGCCCCGGAAUUUCGAUCAGUCACAGAGUUCUUUUUUCGCCAAAAUGGAAGCUUUAUCAUCUCACAUUGAUCGUCUUCACGAAAUGUAUCAAAAAUAUAACGAAUUAAAUGACGACUAUAUGUCGAAUGAAUUCCUUGAUAAUGUGCCAUCGAAAUACGAAUCUUAAAAUCUGAAAAACACAAAAUAUUUUCCAUUGAGCCUUUUUAAUGUUAUUUUUCCUCCUUUUCAAUUGCUAAGCAUGAAAUGUCGAAUGCAUUGGAAAUGAAAUGUGAAUUGUGUUUGUAAAUAUGGAAAGAAACGAAUAAAACUUUUCCUAAAAUGAA